ACACACCUUUCCACGUCAGGAAGGAGUAAGACACGCUGGUCACGGGUGUGAAGUCAGUGUUAGCUGCUCCUGUCCUCUGUCUCCUGUCUGUGUGUCCAUCCAUGCCCGCUGUCCUCUCUCCGGGAUAUUCUGCUGUUUCACCGGAUCUCAGAGCUGUGGGAUGAGUUUUAUCACCAACUGGAAACGAAGCAUAAAGAAAAAUGACAGCAAAAAGGAUGCUGUGCAGGCGCAAGACAUCCCUGAUGGCCCAGAGUCCCCAAGCCGGUUAUCAGUCAUAAACAGCCCAGAAUUGGAUCCCAUCAUUACAGACUUCAGGUUACAGCUACCUGACAACAAAGAUGCUCUGCAAUCAACGAAUCCAUCAAAUGGGUGCUCGCGGUCAGACCUGUCGUUGGCUCUGGAGGACUGCAUGGCUGCCCUGGAUCUGUUCCUCAGAAACGACUUUGAGGAGGCACAGGCUCGGCUUAGAUGCAGGACCAAAGACAGCAUGUACCACGCUCUGACCUAUGCCACCAUCCUGGAGAUGCAGGCCAUGAUGACUUUUGACCCCCAACACAUUCUGACUGCAGGAAACACCAUGAAGGAGGCCCAGGCUAUCUGUCAGCGGCACCGCAAAAAGUCCAGUUUCUCCAAAAGCUUCACAGAAGAGGAACUGCACGCCGAAGUUUGUUACGCCGAGUGUCUCCUGCAGAGGGCAGCACUCACCUUCCUUCAGGAUGAAAACAUGAUCAGUUUCCUCAAAGGUGGAAUCAAAGUGAGGAACAGCUACCAGACGUACAAAGAGCUUCACACAGUCCUCCAGUCCUCUGGAUACUCCCAUGGUGACAACCACGGCCAUUUUGAGGGCGGUGUUAAACUGGGCGUAGGAGCCUUCAAUCUAAUGAUUUCCAUGUUGCCCACGCGGACGCUCAAGCUGCUGGAGUGGGUCGGUUUCUCUGGUAAUAAGGAGUUUGGUCUCCAGCAGCUUCAGGAGGGCUGUGCAGAAAGCACAUUCAGAUCCUUCCUCUGCAACAUGCUGCUGCUCUGUUAUCACACCUUCAUGAGCUUCAUACUAGGCACUGGAGAAGGAGACGUUGAAGAUGCAGAGAAACUGCUGCAGCCGUAUUUAAAACAAUAUCCGAAGGGAUCCAUCUUCUUGUUCUUCGCUGGUCGAAUAGAGGAGAUCAAAGGCAACUUGGAUGCUGCUAUCAAGCGUUUUGAGGAGUGCUGCGAGGCCCAGCAGCAGUGGAAGCAGUUCCACCACAUGUGUUACUGGGAGCUGAUGUGGUGCUUUACGUACAAGAGGCACUGGAAGAUGGCCUACUUCUACGCUGACCUGCUCAGCAAGGAAAACGCCUGGUCUAAGGCUACCUAUGCAUAUAUGAAAGCAGCCUACCUCAGCAUGCUGACGACGGAUGAUUGCCUAACCUUCGGGGAGACUGCACUCACUCUGUUCAGGCAAGUCCCAGGGCUGGAGCAGAAAAUAGCAGGGAAAUCUUUACCAACAGAGAAGUUUGCUAUCAGGAAAGCUCGUCGCUACCUCGCAGAAAACCCCAUUCCUCUUCCUGCUCCUCCACUGGAGAUGAUGUAUAUCUGGAACGGCUAUACAGUCAUUGGCAAGCACAAAGACCUGACUGAAGGCAUGCUGAAAACCCUGAAUGAGGCGCAGGCUAAACUCGAGAGCAUCCCAAGGUCUGAGUUCACCAUAGACGAUCAGUGUCUGCUGAGUCUCUUGAAGGGACUUUGUCUCAAACACCUUGGGCACCAAGAAGAGGCAGAACACUACUUUACCCUCGUCCUCUGCAAUGAGUCUCAGAUCAAGUAUGACCACUACCUGGUUCCUAAUGCCCUGCUGGAGCAUGGCCUGCUGUGUCUGGAGCAAGGCAGAAACGCUGAGGCUGUCAGACUCCUAGAAACAGCAAAGCAAAAUUACAAAAACUACUCGAUGGAAUCACGGACACACUUCCGUAUUCAGGCUGCUCUGCACAAGGCCAAGGGCACGGCAGAGAACGGCAUCCACGUUCCCUCCAGCCCAUAACAGACAGAGGAGGCCACACUAGAGCAGAGACAGCUUUCUAUUUCCGUAGUCCCACAAUGCAACACCCAGCCCCGCCCAGCCCCGCCCAUUCAGGCGGGUUAUUUGCUUUUUCUUCCAUCAGAAGGGUAGGGCAAAAUGGAUGCUUGUUUUUCUCAUGUGUGCCGACCUUUUGGGCAGCUGCAGCUCUGUGUGGCUAAGGCAGGUUUGCUGAUCCCUCUUCCAGAGAUAUAUUAUGAUGAACUCCACUUAUGUGUGUGAUUUGAAAUAGAGAGAUGUUGAGAAAUGUGCCUAUAUUUAUGAAACAUUGCUUUUAGCAGGCUUGUUUGUCCAGCACUUUAUCCACCUGUGAGGGGCGCACUAGGGUAGAAAACAAGGUGACACACAGUAUAAUAUAUAUGUACUGCAGAUUGUCUCCACUGCUACCCCAAAAAUGUGCUGUUCAGGGUGGUCUGGUUGGAUGUGAUGGAGCCAGAGUACCAAACACCCACGUAUAAAUUACUGACACUAACUCCACCCAGCCAGCAACACUAUUUGACCUGGUUGCGACAAACCUCUUAAUUUGAUGUAAAUUAGAGAUUAUUGUUAAAAAGACUUGAGUAGAUGAGACGUUACUCAUAAUUAUGUGUUGAAAAAAUGAUUUACAUUAUAUCAUGCAACUCACAGCCUGGUCCAUGACAACUAUGUGACUUUUUCAUACUGUGUCAUUUAAUACAAUUUAGUAGACAGGUUUCCCCUAUAUUGAGAUAUUUUAACAACACCAACAUGGCCCAAUUAGAUUUUUUUUUUUAAUGGUGGAUUAUUUUAACACUACAUAAGCUGUGGAUCAUAGUGUUUCUCAGAGUAGGAGAAUAUUUGAUUGUUUAUUUUAAAUUAUUUUUCUGUAACACAUUGAAAUCUGGUUUGAUUUCUUUAGAAAACAUAGGGGGAAACGUAAUGAACAACCUGGCAAGAAAUGUCCCACAAAUUGCAAGAAAUUUGUAGAUUUUGAAUCAUUUGAAAUAAACUGGAGAUGAGGUCCGUUAAACUACAUAAUUAUUCUAAUUAUAUAUAGAAAAUGAUGUUAAAGAAUUAUCAUUAUUUUUUUCAGUCAUCUCCUUA